UCAGCCGCUUUGUUUGCAUGCAUCGCUUCUCAGGCUGGUCCCACAUGGAGGCGAAGUGAUCGUCAGAGAAGUUUAGUUCCACGGAUCCUCGGGGCAGACGAACUGAACCGCAGCCGCUGAACUCACCUCCUCGCUCGGCCGCUGCUCAGCCUCAGAGCCGGGCGAUAUCACAGCUUCAUAUCCGCUUGGCAUCGCAUCGUUUCUGCUCAUGGUGUGAAUGAAGCGAGCCGCGAGGAGCUGAACUGGCCCAAACAGAGAAAUCGGAAUAACUUGAUGUCUUCAGGUAUGCAUUGAAAAGCUUCAGUACAGUACAGUGCAUUGUUCUGGUUCUGCACCCGACACUUCCAGUCCAAUAAUGCACUCAGGAAGAAUCUAGUUUGUCCCAUUCUUCUUUUUGCAAGAACGACUUUAGUCCAUGGCUGGUCCCGCAUUAAAUCGGUAACCACUCGGCGCCAAGCUGGACCCGAAGACUCCUCCUCCCCACACCUGCUCCUGCUCCACUGCCCCGCCCCCUAACCAGUCUUUGGACCCCACAUGCACGUCUCACCUCUACAAUCCAGGGCUCCCAUUGGCCAGUGAGGUGGAGGAGUAUGUCAGUCAGACUGAGAAUCUGCCGGCUGCACUCCAGGAGUUCGCGGCCACCUACAGAGAUGCAGAGACCAUUACCGAUGUGUGUAACAGUACUGAUUUGCCAGAGCUUGAGAUCAUCAGUUUAUUGGAGGAGCAGCUGCCGGUCUACAAGCUGAGGGCUGACACCAUCUUCGGCUACGACCAAGAUGAUUGGCUGCACACGCCACUGGUGGCCCCCGACUCUGCCCUCGACCUGACCACUGAACAGAUAGAUGAGACCCUCAAAUACUUCUUGUUGUGUGCUGACAGAGUGGGCCAGAUGACGAAGACCUACAGCGACAUUGACGCUGUCACUCGACUGCUGGAAGAGAAAGAGCGUGACCUGGAGUUAGCGGCUCGUAUUGGACAGUCGCUGCUGAAGAAAAACAAAGCCCUCAGUGAGAGAAACGAGCUGCUGGAGGAGCAAGUAGAGCACAUACGAGAGGAGGUAUCUCAGCUGCGUCACGACCUGUCCAUGAAAGAUGAGCUGUUACAGUUCUAUGCCAGCGCUGCCGAGGAGAGCGAGGGGGAGUCUACAACCUCCACACCUGUGCAUCCCACUGAAACCACUGUUCCUACUCCAACAUUUUUUCCCCUGGACUCCCUGCAGAAGAAACUCAAAGAUCUGGAGGAGGAAAACAAAUCGUUGCGAUCUGAGGCCAAUCAUUUGGAGACAGAAACCAUCUCCUACGAGGAGAAGGAGCAACAACUUGUCAAUGACUGUGUCAAAGAACUACGUGAUGCCAACCUGCAGAUUUCCUCUCUGGCCGAAGAUCUGGCCAGGAAGUCUGAAGAUGCCUCCAGACAGCAGGAGGAGAUCACACACCUCCUCUCCCAGAUAGUAGACCUCCAGAAGAAAGCCAAGCUGUAUGCCGUGGAGAACGAGGAGCUGACUCAGCACUUGGGAGCAGCCAAAGACGCCCAGCGACAACUCACUGCUGAGCUGCAGGAGUUACAAGAUAAGUAUGCAGAGUGUAUGGAGAUGCUCCACGAAGCUCAGGAGGAACUAAAGAACCUGAGGAAUAAAACUCUACCGCUCAACACACAGAGGCGGUUCCACUCUCUGGGCUUGUUCGCGAUGGACUCUCUGGCAGCAGAAAUCGAGGGCACCAUGAGGAAGGAACUUCAGAUGGAUGAUCCGGACGUAGAAGAGCAAAGACUGCAACCAAAGCGUGUGUUCCAGACGGUGAAAAACCUCAACAUAAUGCGUCAGCAGCGUUCAUCGCUAGCCCCCUCCCCACUCAACAUCCCAGGGUCCAAUCGGACGUCGUGCUUGACCUCGGGCCGCUCCAGCAGGGUGGGCACGCCGUGCUCCAACUCCAUUUAUGGUAGCGAGACAGGAAGUGGCAUCAUCCUGGACAACAGGACAAGCAGUAUCCUGGAGAAUCCAGAUGACGGGUUGGAGGACUCGAACAAGCGCCCCCCUGGCACCCCAGGGACCCCAGGCAGCAGGGACCUUGAGGCGGCCCUGCGGCGUCUGUCCCUCCGCCGCGACAACUACUUCUCAGAAAAACGCUUCUUGGAAGAGGACAGGGAGAGAAAGUUGGCCUACCUGGCCAAAGAGGAGGAAAAAGGUGGGGAGGGUAGCGGAGGUCCAGGGACCCCAACUGAAAGCCUGCUGUCGAUGUGCUCACAUCCCUCCUUUGGAAGUGUCUGGUCGGGAUACUCCUAUACUGCAAGAUCCUACCUGCCGGAGAAGUUGCAGAUCGUAAAGCCGCUAGAAGGCUCCGCCACACUCCAUGCAUGGCAGCAGCUGGCUCAACCCCACAUGGGCGCUCUGCUGGACGAUCGGCCUGGUGUGGUCACGAAGGGCUUCCGCACUUUAGCACACGAGCAGGGACAGGAAGACAGGUGGGAGCUGGACCAACCGGAGGAGGACGAGGUCCUGUGUGACUCCUUUCUUGACUUGUCAGAAGAAAGGGCCGCUCCUUUGGAUCUGCCGUGCUUUACCUCUACUCCCUCCAACUGCUGCAACAAAACUAGCGACAUCGCUGACAAUAGCCAAUUAGAAACAUUGCACGGUGAAAUGCGUGGGGCGAAAGAAGCGUUUCAAGCGAAAGACAGACACUUUGGAGCCAUGCCCCUUUCUUUAUCCAGCCUCUCCCCUUCCUCCUCUCCUCUCCCCUCUUCUUCCGAGAUGAUGAAUGGGCACGUGGUCCUCAAGGAGCUCCAGGCCUUACAGCCUCCCACAGUGGAUCGCAUGCCUGUUAAUUUCCCAGGGAAGUGUAUGUCCCACACUAGCUCCACCUACACCUUCACCACCUGCAGGAUUCUCCACCCCUCUGAUCAGCUGACCUCAGUGUCCCCAAGCCCAGCUAUAUCUUGUUACAGCAGCACUCGUGGCAGCACCCCUACUUCCUCCUCUUCUCCUAUACCCUUCUCUGCCCCAUCUACACCCUCCUACACCCCCUGCUGUACUCCACGGCGCCUCUCCCUGUCUCUCUCCUUGGCUGAGUCCUCCACCAACCUGAGGGACUCCACCAAGACCACCAGCACCUCUCUCGGCCUCGUGCGCCUCCUGCUGGAGCAUGGGAUCUCUGCAUCGGUGUAUAACCCCCAGAGCUGGGACAGAGGAUUGGUUUCCAGCGGAGCUUCGACACCCGAUGGAAGAGCGCAGACGCAGAAGUUCACGGAUGCACCAGGGGAGGCUGAUGUCAGACAGAUGAGGAAACGCCCAGACACCCUUCGCCUCCAGCCCUCCACCCCACCCAACUCCCCUCGCUCCAAAUCGGCCGCCCCCACCACCACUUGCCCGGUUUUCCUGUUCAGUCCUUCCACUGAUGACCAUCCGUUCUAUGACACCUUCCUCGCCUCUAAACCAGCUCGUACCAUUCUGAGGGAAGUGCUGGCUGAGAUGGAGAGGGAGCGAGGGGACCAGACAGAUGACGAGAGCCAAACUGAGAUGCUGAACCUACGCCUUGUGGACAAACUGAAAAGUUUCCGCACCCUUACAGCAGCAGCCUCAUCUGGGAAUGCUCUUAUAGCUCCCUUUGGCUCCACUGGCCUGGGGAACAGCGCUCUGGGUGGGGGGCUCCCGGGACUGAACGCAGGACUGAGGAGGAAUCGUAGCUAUCCUGCCAUGGUGGGGGCAAGUAUGGCUAUGAAGGACCCGGGAGGUCCCCCCAGCACAGAGAUACUUAUACCACACACAAUGCAAACCCCAAAUACACGAUACUCGGCGCACAAACAAGAAACGGACAAAAUACAAGAAACGGGCAAAAUACAAACAAAUCACACGCUGGUCUCAAAGCCCAUACACAUACCACAGACACUACACGCCCUGGAGACAGUCACACCACAGACAAUAAUACAGAGACACAGCAGGCCGACAAGCAAUGACCGACACAGUGAUGAUGAAACUGUGACAUAAAUAGGCAAUAUUCAGUGUAAUUACACAUAUUACUACACACAAACUCACAAGUUCAUGACAUGACUACACACACACACAAAUAAACAAAUAUCAGACAUCCUCCACAGUCCACUCACACACUCAACUAAACAAGUAGUCAUCAUUGAUAAAUCUGCUAAUCAGAUCACAUUACAACUGAUUGUUUCAAACCAUAGACUCUACAUAAAGAUGGACGACAUGACUUCUCCCCAAAAGUGAAGCCAAAGUGUCUCGAUUGCCACCUGGUCGCUGGCUGCUGGCCGACUCCUCCAUGUUAGUGGGUGGGACGUAAACCAAAAAGUCAAAGUUAAACAUAUUUUUUAUCAAAAACUCGUUUGUCAUUUUAAAUAAUUCUUCACAGUGAUGUUUGAUCAAGUGUUCAUUCUGGUAAUUUUGGUUUGAAUGAGUUAUUUCAUGCCAUAAAAACGUCAAUUCCCCGAUCGCUACUGCGUAGCCUCUGGCUCCAAAUGUGCUAAAUGGCAGCGUUUGUGAUUGUGAUAUUUUCGCUUCAUUUCCGGACAGUGGGAGGAAGUGGAGACGUAUCGUCCAUCUUUAUUUACAAUCUCUGAUCCACAUAAACAGUGAAAUGGUGAUGAAUGAACCAGUAGUGGCUGAAACUGUUGCACUGUGUUAUACUCAUAAUGUAAGGAUAAUGAUGAUGCAGUAUGUUGCCUUCCUGUGGUCUUUGUACUUACAUAUAUAGUUUAUACAAUAUAUUGUGUUAUAUAUAUAUAGUAUAAUAUUAAAGACCCAAUCUAGUGAAAAUACAAAAUAGCUCUUUUCCCUCUUCAACCUUAAUGAGUCCACUUUUGGAAUAAAGGCAGCAAAAUAUAUUUUAAAUGUACUGUACUGACCGAAUAUAAGAUUGUUUAUUCAUUGAGUUCAUUCCAUGACUACACAAUUACACAUCAAAUCAUGUGUGGUAUGUAGGCCCAAUGAGUCUUUCUAUAACUUAUCUAAAAAGAGAAAAAGGACAAACAACAAACAUGAUGUUUUUUUGUGUUUGUCUUUUGAAUUAAAAAAAAAAUCUGGUCUUUAUAAAAUCCUUCAUCCCAGAGUUCAGUCUAUGAUACAAGCUGAGAGGUUUGUCUCAACAUCAACCAAAGAUGAAUCAGAAAAUCUCCUAAAAACAUUUUCAUCUUAUAUUUGCGCCACUAUGGUAUUUUGAAGCCUUUAUUUUUUUGUGUCUAUUGAAGUUAUAAAAUCACAUACAGUGGUUAGAGAUUAAUUUCUACCAGCAACUCUAUUUUUUCUCUCCACGAGUAUGUGAUAUUUAGUUUGGGAAAAACUAAAAUCUCGAUUGGGGCUUUAAUGUGACUGAAUGCUCAUAUGUGCCUAAAAAGCGCUAACAUACUUAUUCUCAUUGAAAUAUGAGUCUGCAUACGUUUUAAUUGAUUAAUUUUAAUAUUUGCCUCUUGUUAGAUGAUGUGCUGUUAAGGAAGUGAAUGAGGAUAAUUUUUGCAAAUUAAUUUAUGAUGUCUAAACUUGCUGAGGGAGCUGCACACUCGUACCCUCAUUUAUGUUAUGCUAUUACUUUCUGGAUCUUUUUUCUCUCAGUGAGUUUUGGCGAAGCUUUUCCCCUUCGUUUAGAAACCAUACAAACAUGUAGCACACAAACUGAAUACAGAUCCAGUUGAUAAAACUUAUCUUUUUCGUUUCCCAUUUUGGGGCACCACCUGUCUUUGUAUGCUAAUCUAGUCUGUGUAUAGACCAAGUUUGAGGAGGAUGUAAAUGGAAGGACAUGGACUCAAAGAUGCCAAUAGAGCAAAAUACUGAAGGGAUCUGAAAGAUCAGGAAGUAAACUCUGCUGCAGCCUGAACUGUAACUCAAAGCCAAAGUUACACCCAACAUAAAAAGUGGGUUUGCAACAGAUUUCCAUCAUAGAUUCCCUUCAUUUCCAUACUGCUUGUGUAUGCAAUCAUGCAUUCAUUUUGUCAACCUGUAUGGGUGAAAUGUAAAGCACUAUUGUAAGCAUCGGGAGACGUGUAUUUUUCUGAAUGUAACUGUAGGAAAAGUGAUUUGAAGUAUGGAUUUAAGAACAAGAUAUUUUAUCAAAUUCUGUUGCUGAGGGGGAAUGUUUGGUCCAGUUCCUGUGUCCACCCUCAGGAUCAUCCAUCAGACAUUUUUGAAACUUUUUUUGAAACUUAUUUGGAAUGAGAUAAAAAAAAAAACCUAUAUUUUAUUAAUCCAUUAACAUCACUUAACCACACAGAGACACCUCUGUCCAGGUGAAGCGAUUCCUUGUACCCUCAGGCACUCAGCCGGUCCUGUGGGCGGACACUGGGACACUGAGACACUGGCUGCUUGUCUGGCUGGAUGAAAGGACGAAUGGCUGGUGCUCACGCUGGCAGUGAUCUGUUCAAAUCCUUAAUGAUGAAGGGAUUCAAGUUGCAAUUUUAUCUUGUGUGAGAUUAGCGCAAAUGAAAAAUAUAUUUAUUAAAAACUUGAAUUGUUAGAGGCACACAUAUUAUUGAAUAUCUAUUUUCAACUGUGUCUGUCACAUUUUGACUCAUUUUUGAUUGGACAGUUUUUGUUAUUAUUGUUACAUGUUAAAUAUUCAGUUACAUUUCCUUCAUAACAGCUGAACAUUUGGGAGAAAAAUACAUCAGACAACAAUUGACAGUAUUUAACAAUGAUAUAGUGCUAAUACAGACGCGACGAGGAGUGUGUGUGCCGUUUGUGUGUCACUUGAAUCAUCUGAAUGUAAGUUAUUACAAACUGCAAUCCUGCUGGUCUUUGUCUACAGUAUAUUGAUUUUUCAGCAGAGAGGGAAUCUAUGCUUACAUUGUAAAUGUAUGCAACACAUUUAGCCAUGCUAACUAUUGUUUUUAUGUAACUAGAGAAAUUGAGUUGUUUAUUUUGAGUUAAGAGGGAAAGAAACUUUCUGUUCAGGUACUGAAGUGUUCUAUUCUACAGAAUAAGAAAAUAAAUACAUAAACACUGACUUGUUUUUCAGGGACUGAAGUGUUCUAUUCUACAGAACAGAUGUACUG